AUGGACGGUCUAUCAGGUGGGAUCAGACGCUUUGCGUUUCAAAAGCUCGCGGUGUUGGCAGUUGAGACCCGCUCGGAGCUCACUGACCUCACCGAACACUCUCGACCAACUCGUGAGGAUGGUGCCCUCAAUGGAGUCUUGCGAAACCAGGCCCCAACAUCUCGGGUCCCAAUGGGAACCCGCGAACUAGAUGUUCUCCUGGCCCUAUGUAAGGCAGCGUCCUCUGUGAACGACCCCGACAAUGCGGCCCAGCUGGCCGCGCAACUAUCUCGCUACUUGCCCGAAUCCCACAGCCAGCUGUUCCGGCCGUCGCCUUUCCUACACAGUGUGAAGCCAUCACCAUGGGAGACCCUGACCUACAACCUGACUUUGGCACUCUUAUCGCUGGGCACCAAGUACCCGGCGAUACGGAAACUCGCCAUCGAAGCGGUGCGCGCAUACUUGAACAACUGCACUGAGGCCAUUAAUGCGGUGACACCCUUUCAAUACUCCAAGUCCGAAUCGGGACGACAGGGCGUUGUGUAUGAGUCGGUAACCAUUUUGUCAAUCACCGUAUCCCUGGUCGGCUUCCUGGAGGCCUCCGCUGAAUAUACUGCCAUUUGGCAUGCCAGCGAGAAGUUGCAAAUUGUGGACUUCCUGCGUGCGAUGCUGUCAGAGAACUUCAUCAUUGCCGUGGAGACAGCGUCAUCUACUCUUCGCAAUGCGCCUGUUGGCGAGUAUGCACUCAGGGACUGGAAAAAGUACUCCCGACGGUAUGCUGCCCAUGGCCGUCCAUUGGGUGCCAUGCUCGUCCAGGAAGGGUUCAUGCGGUUUGUCAAGUCAUGCGCCGCCUCUCUGCUCGGAUCCCAACACAUGACCGACGAGCAACUGCUGGAUGACUACAUGACUGGCGUUGGCAUCGCGAAAAGCUACGACGAUGACGACGUGUCUCUCAUUGACCGAAUUACCGACAUCAUCAGUGAAGAGAUUCACUUGCUUGAAGAUGGCUCCGAUUACCUACAAGUCGGCUCGCCUUGGCAACAGCGCCUCGCUUUCUCAGUCAAGGGACAUGCCCUCAUUGGUUUCCUGAACUGCGUGAUCCUCGGCGAGGAUGCAAACAACAACGAUGUUCUCUUAUCCUGGCUCGAAGAUACACUUCUCGAUCCCCAGCAAAUGUCCAAUGUGGAGUUGGCUGUGACGGCUUUGAAAUGUACUGCGAUCCUUUCGAGGAUGUCACCCAACGGUGCAUCCAUCGGUAGGCGCUGUCUCCUGAGAUUCCUCGCCCAGGGAGGUGUCUCGGCACGAUCAACCGUCUCCGUCGCAUCGCGGUGCCUGGCCCAGGUUUUGACCAUCCUCUCGGAGGAUGCUGUCAUCACAACUCUUUACUCACUAGGCAACGCAAUGAGCCCAAGCGCAAAUGUUGACCAGUCUAGCCAAGACCAACUUAAUGGGGAUCAUACCGGACCGGGGAUGAAUUUGGAAGCGUACCCCAGGAACGCAAGCCAGACUUCCCUGUCUGCCAAUGCCGAGAGCGACAAUUUGACUUACAGGAACGUAAUUCACGCUAUUGUGACCAUCGCUACCAACUGUAACGAUGGCAAGAUUAGUGCUCUGGCCCAGUCGAUGCUUCUUCAGAAGAUUGGCAAGAUCAAUGUGGCAGUAGAUGCCUUUAUCAUCCAGGAAACUGCCGUUCUAGCUCUCAGCAGUGGACAUGCAGAAUUCCAGCUUCUCUUGAAGUUCUACACCCGCAUCUACCUUGAUGGAAUCAACAAGGGACUGGACACUAUCUCGGAUGCUGUUCAGUGUGCCAUGGCCUAUCUUUCUAUCACAUUGGAUCAAGAGUCUCCCCUUCACAGGAUCUACUUGGUUCACUUGUUGGAAAGUAUCAUCAACAAGGGCGAUGUGCCGGAUCUUGAAAACGAUCAUCAUCGGGAGGUUUUCUUUGCUGCCGAAGACAUCACUCCCCUGUUGAAGCCCCUAGCUCUGCUUGUAUCUUCCAAGGGAAACUCUAAUGGGGCUCCCUGGUCAGUCCUGGACUAUGAUGAGUCGAUUUUGACUCUGUUCCGUGACGCCUGGUUCAACAUCGCUAUUCACGGGAUACAUCUCAGUUCUAGCGUUGCCCAGAAACAGCACAAGGAACUUCGCUUACUUGCACACCACUCUCCUCCAUUGGUCGCCGGAACUCACAUGGAAUCACUGGAGAGCGACGUUGAACUGAACACAGUGCUCAGACGGGGCAUGGGACCCCAGAGAAUGGCAGAGCAGAAGCGAGCAUUGAUUUCUGAACUUCCGGGCCGUGAAUCUGACAUCAAAAAAUUGAACUACUCCCGGGCAGUGUUUUUGAACGCUGUCAUCCUGAUCGAGAGCCUGCGUGCCUCCUCCGGUGAUUCUACCAAGAUCCUCGAUUAUUUCCUUGAUCCGGCCUUGGCCACAUCGGAAAUGGUUGUGUGCAUGAACGCUGCUGCGGACAAGGUGGUUACCUGUUAUCUUUCUCUGACGCUUUCUGGGGAACAUGAUGAUUUCUCGGCACCUUAUCUGUCCAAACAACUGGCCGAGUUCUUAGUAUCUUGCUGUCACCGCAUCGAGCGAGUUCAAAGCAUUGCCGCGCAAUGCGCGGACAAGAUCAUUCGGGAAUGCCCAUCUGCACUAUGCGAGAAGCAUUCUCUCUUUGCCCUGCUUGAGAUUCUGACCGUCAUGUGGUCUUCUUGUCUCCAGGGAGAACUUGAUGAGUUUGACUGGAAGCCAUCUUUGCUUUCCCCCAUGGGAAUUGUCCGUGUUGAACUACCGGACAACUAUGCUUUAAGAAGGGCGACUCUGAAUCGAUUCCAUGAACGCGCGAGGACUUGGGUUACCUCUGUCUUGAACAUCGCCCCGUUAGAUAUCAAGGGACUGCUCCAAACUUAUCUCUCCGAGUACGAUGACGACGGGGGCUACGGACACAUUGCAAUGGGACGUUCAUUCGCCCUAGAAAUGGGCUCCCUUAUUCCUCAGAGUGACCCACGCCUCGGGUCGAUCGAUAGCUACGGAAAGAACGACUUCAAUGUUGCAUCUGACUUCAUGGCUCUUUACACCACACGCCAAAAAUAUCGCCGUCCUGAUAUGCCUGCUCUUGAAGGGCUGGAUGGCAGAGACUAUUUGGCUCAACCGCGAAUCAAUGCUCUGCCAGAGUCUGCCGAUGCAUUGGAGGAAACACUUGGUCGUCUGUUUGGAAGAAGCAUCAACGGCGAGGACAUCCCUCUUGUUGAAGUUAGAGAUGUUCUUCGACAGGCUGCGGGUUUGAUCUGCAGCAGCAGCAGACCACGCCUCUCAGUUAUUCACUAUUUGGUUGCCUUGCCUUUCCAAAUCUUCACAAAAGACACGAUCAAACUUGGUGUUUCCCUCUGGCUUGGCGUUAUCCACGAGAACCCAAGCACUGAACCACGGAUUUUAUGCGAGGUCAUUGAGGCCUGGGAGCGAAGCAUCAACCGACGCAAAGGUCUAUUUGAUCCUUCUUUCCAAUACCUUGAUCCACUGCAUACCAAAAUUGAACUCUUGCCAACUGACAAAGAUCUCAUGCUUCGCAUGCAGCAGAAGGCCCAAGACACUCUCUCGCCGCAUUUGCGAGUUCUUCAAUUCUUCGAGAGUCAUUUCAAUGCGAUUCGCUUGGGCAACCUGCAAGAUCAGCAAUUGUUCUGUCGAUUAAUUGGUACCACUGUCGUCAACCUCACAAAGACAGAGUGUCAUCCCUUGGCCAGAGAAAUCCAUUUCCGCAUUGUGCUCCUCGGUCUCAAGGUGCUUAGACACCUCAGUCCCCGGAACACCGGCGCGUCCUGGAAGCUCAAAGAUCAAAUUUUGUCUGCUGCCCUGAGCUGGUUCAAGCAUCCUCCUAGGUGGUCAUUUGGUGGCAACCGACUUCAAAUCAAGGCGGAAGACAAGAUCCUUGACGAGGUGGCGACUACCUUGCGCUCUGUGACCAGCAUUGCCGCUCAAUCGCAAGGCUCGUACAAAUCAUUACAGUCGAAACAAGAUUUGCUCCAUAUUCUCAUUGAAAACGAGCGCUCGCGCCUUCGGGUUUGGCUCUUCCCUCUGGAACCAGAGCGCAAGCAUCACAUGCCUAUGAUUGGAGGAAACAAGAACCAAGCCGAAGUUCCUGCAUCUCUGCUCAGACUUGCUUGGUCAGAGAACGCAGGGUUGGCGAUUCAAAUGGCAGCCCGAUUCCCCUCGCUUAAGAUGCAGGAUGAUGUGAGGGCACUGAUCCUCAAUUUCCCCGAGAAGGUCAUCGAGGAGCCCAGCGCCCUGGAGAUUAUGUUUGACAACUCUCUACCCGAUGAUGUGAACUCUCAACUAAAGUACCUGCUAUACUGGGCCCCGGUGACCCCCACUGAAGCCAUCACAUACUUCAUGCCAGCCUAUGGAAAUCACCCCUACAUCUUGCAAUAUGCCAUGCGGGCGCUGGAGAGUUACUCAAUGGACGUUCGGUUCUACUUUGUGCCCCAACUGGUUCAGGCUCUACGCUACGAUGGUAUGGGCUAUGUUGAACGAUACAUUCUCGAAACAGCCAAGUUGUCUCAAUUGUUUGCUCAUCAAGUGAUUUGGAACAUGAAAGCCAACUCCUACAAGGACGAGGAUUCUCAAAUUCCGGAUGAUCUCAAGCCGACCCUCGAUCGAUUCCUUGAUAAUUUGAUUGCAAGCUUUUCGGACGAGGAGCGUGCCUUCUACGAAAGGGAGUUCUCAUUUUUCAACGAGGUUACGGACGUCUCAGGCAAGCUGCGCCCAUAUAUCAAGAGAAGCAAGCCUGAAAAGAAGGAGAAGAUUGAGGAAGAGCUGCGCAAAAUCAAGGUUGAGGUCGGAGUUUAUCUCCCCAGUAACCCUGACGGUGUAGUUGUGGGAAUUGAUCGCAAGUCUGGCAAGCCCUUGCAAAGUCACGCCAAGGCCCCCUACAUGGCUACAUUCCGGAUCCAGAAGACCAGACCACGAUUGAUUCAAAAGCCCGUGGUCCAUGUUGGUGACCACCACAGACACCAACGUCAGUUGACCAAUCACUCUGAGCCCGAGCAGGAGACGUAUGAAGUGUGGCAGUCCGCGAUCUUCAAGGUUGGCGAUGACUGUCGCCAGGAUAUGCUUGCGCUGCAGAUGAUCGCAGCUUUCCGAAGCAUCUUCACCAGUGUAGGCCUGGACGUUUGGGUCUACCCUUACCGAGUGACCUCCACGGCACCUGGCUGCGGUGUGAUCGACGUGCUGCCCAACUCCAUUUCUCGCGACAUGCUCGGCCGUGAAGCCGUCAAUGGUCUGUAUGAUUACUUCGUGUCGAAGUAUGGAGGCGAAGACUCCAUUCGGUUCCAAGAGGCACGAACGAACUUCGUUAAGAGUAUGGCUGCCUACUCGGUCAUCUCUUAUCUGCUUCAAUUCAAAGACCGACACAACGGAAACAUCAUGAUUGACGACGCCGGCCACAUCAUCCACAUCGAUUUCGGAUUCUGCUUCGAUAUCGCACCGGGUGGUGUUCGAUUCGAACGCGCUCCGUUCAAGCUGACCUCUGAGAUGGUCGCUGUCAUGAGCGGCACCCAUGACCCAGCUCACCACCAGGGAGGCAACUCGGGCAUUAACCUCCCCGGCAGCUCCCACAACCCGACCAACACGCAACCGUACAAAUGGUUUGAAUCCUUGGUGGUCAAGGCAUUCCUUGCCUCGCGACCUUAUAGCACCAAGUUGGCUCACAUCGUCUCCCUGAUGCUGGAUAGUGGCCUUCCUUGCUUUAAGCCUGAGACUCUGAAGAACUUCCGUGAUCGAUUUGUGCUUGACAAGAGCGAGCGCGAUGCUGCUGAGUACAUGCGUGAACUUGUGCGCAAGUCGUACAUGAGUGUAUCGACUAAGGGUUACGAUCAGUUCCAGCUGAUGACCAACGGCAUUCCUUAUUAG